CGGUAUUCAAAAUAUAUUAGAUCCCACAUGUAAAUUAUUAUUGGAAGUAUCGACCUUCACAUCUUGAUUUGAUUAUUUCUUUAAUUUUAAAGUUAAUAAAGAUUGUUUAUAGAACGCGUUGCUUUUAAUUUCGUGAUAACAGUAAACACUGAAUACGUUAAGGAAAUUAAUUAAACCAUAGCUCUUGUAGUGUUCGUUUUAUUCACUAUAAUGAAAUGUUGGUCUUCGAUGUUUGGUUAAUAAUUAUAUUUAUUGUAAAAUCUCAAGGUGUUGAAGUAGUAGUACAACAAGGAACACUAUUUGGAACUAGAUCGUCGACAGUAUUCAAUGAAAAGUUGUACUACGCAUUUUACGGAGUUCCUUAUGCAAGAAUGCCAGUCGGAAAACUUCGAUUUAAAGACCCAAAGCCAGUAAAGAAAUGGAAGAAACCUUAUGAUGCUAGGACAGAAUAUCACGGUGCUUGUGCCCAGGUACACAUCGUGCAUAAACAUGCAUUAUUUGGCUAUGAAAAUUGUCUUAAUUUAAAUAUCUAUACACCUGAACUACCUGAUACCUUAAAGGGAGAUCUAAAAGCUGUCAUUGUAUGGAUUCAUGGUUAUGCAUUUACUUCCAGUUUUAGUCACAUACACGGUCCAGACUUUUUAAUAGAAAACGACGUAUUGUUUAUUAGCUUAACGCACAGAAUUGGUGUUUUUGGGUUUGUGAAAUUAAAAUAUGAAGAUACAAAUGCUAACAUGGGCUUAAAAGAUAUUGUAAUCGCAUUGAAAUGGAUCAGAAGAAAUAUAAACAAAUUCGGCGGAGAUAAAAACAAAAUCACAAUAAUGGGCAGUGGAUCAGCAGCUACAAUGAUCACCUUAUUAAUGUCGAAAUAUAAAAAGUUAUUCUCUAAAGCUAUAUUGCAAAGCGGAAGCUUUUAUUCUCCGUCCAUAUUCCAAGGUGAUUAUAACAUAGAAACAAAACGGCUAAUAAAUAAACUGAAAGAUAAAGGUAUCGUAAAUAUAGUUAAAGCGUCUGCAAAAGAUUUAGCUUUAGUUGCUGAGAACAUUUACACGAAAAUGGAAGUAAUUAACUUUCAAAAACCAGUUGUUCCAUUUACGCCAAUAAUUGAGAAAAAAACAAACCGGUCAGUGAUAACUGAAUAUUCUUAUGACAUAUAUAAAGAAACCAAAACAAUCGGUUUUCGUAUACCAAUUCUUAUCGGUUUUAAUAGCCAAGAAAGUAUGUCUGAAGUCACGCCACUUAUACACAAUACCCGUUAUUUAAGAUCCCUCAACUCUUCUUUCAAAUACAUGGUACCUUUUACUAAUGGUUGUAAAUUUAAUCAAAGUUCUAAGUCUUAUAAAAGAGUCGCCAAAAAGAUAAAAGGGAGAUAUUUUAGUAAAGGAAUUACUGAAGAGUCAAUACACGACUUUUUAAAUUAUGCUACUGACCUUCAAAUCUAUCCCAUAUACAAAUUUAUAAAAAAAUAUUUAGCUGUACAUAAUAAUCUUUUUGUAUACAAAUUUGAUUAUGAGGGAAAUUUUAACGUGAUGAAAACUCACUCUUUAACUGGGUCGAACACGAUGAUAAAAGGUGCAGCGGGAGGUGAUGAAAUAUGUUAUAUUCUUAAGUGUGAACCACUUUGGGAGAAUUACAUUAAAUUGAAAAAUAACGUCGGUGACCGAGACAGAAUUUUUAUCCAGCAAAUAGCCAAGAUGUGGGCGAGCUUUGCAAAAUUUGGUGACCCACAUCACAAUAAUGGUAAUGUUACUUGGCCUCCAAUGACCGUAAAAGAAGAUAACCUUUUUGUUUUUGGUAAAGAAAACAAAUUGACUAAUUCUAAAUUAGAAAAAAGUGCUUAUAAAUUUUGGAAUAACAUAUACAGUAAAUAUUAUGCUAAAGAAAAUUGCGAAAAAACACAUGACGAGUUGUAA